UAUACACCACCUAUCACCCUUCACACAAAACCAACCCUCUUUCUAGAACGCUUUCAUGAUUUACAAGAAAGACGAAGAACAAAAAAGUUGUUGAUAGAUAUUUAUUGUUUUGUUUGUUCUGUUCAUUAUAUUCUUUCUUUGGUUUCUUGAUUUUUUGGUUGUUUAAAAGAGGAAAGGGAAAUGUCGAGCUCUGAUCAGCAGAGUUACAAGCACCAGCACCACCACUCUGACACGGAGGUGAUGGUGGUGGGGAUUGAUAAGAGGAAGUCGUACAGCGGGCCGUUGAGCGGGCCGUUGAAUAAACGGAGCGGGAAGAAGAGCGCCCGGUUUAACCUCCCCGGGGAUUCUUCGUCUGAGCUAGGGAGCCCGUCGCCCAGGUCGGCCAAUGACGACGCUUACGUGGAGAUUACGCUGGACGUGCGCGAGGACUCCGUGGCGGUGCACAGCGUCAAGACCGCGGCCGGGGCCGACGUGGAGGACCCCGAGCUCGCCCUGCUGGCCCGAGGCCUGGAGAAGAAGACCACCCUCGGGUCCUCCCUGGUCAGAAACGCCUCGUCGCGAAUACGCCAAGUGUCGCAGGAGCUUAAGCGGAUCGUGCGGUCCCAUCCCAGCGGGAGAAUUGACCGGAAUAAGUCCGCCGCUGCUCAGGCGCUUAAAGGACUCAAGUUCAUCAGCAAGACCGACGGGUCCUCCGGCUGGGCCGCCGUCGAGAAGCGCUUCGAUCAGCUCACCACCUCCUCCAACGGCCUCCUCCCUCGCGCAAAGUUCGGGGAAUGCAUAGGUAUGAACAACUCUAAGGAUUUCGCCGGCGAGUUAUUUGAUGCUCUGGCUCGGAGGAGAAACAUAACCUCUGAUUCCAUCAACAAACAACAGCUCCAAGAAUUCUGGGACCAAAUUGCCGACCAAAGUUUCGAUUCUCGUCUCCAAACCUUCUUUGAUAUGGUUGAUAAAGAUGCAGAUGGUUUCAUCAAUGAAGAAGAAGUCAGAGAGAUCAUAAGCCUAAGUGCUUCAGCAAACAAGCUGUCAAAUAUCCAGAAACAAGCGGAUGAAUACGCGGCCAUGAUUAUGGAAGAACUGGAUCCCAGCAACCUAGGAUACAUCAAGAUUGAGAACUUGGAGAUGCUGUUACUGCAAGCUCCGAACCAAUCAGUGAGGGGGCAUGACAGCAAGAACUUGAGCCAAAUGCUAAGCCAGAAGCUGAGGCCGACGGUGGAGCCGAACCCUUUGGUCAGAUGGUUCAAGCAUUUCAACUACUUCUUGAUAGAUAACUGGCAGAGAAUUUGGGUGCUUUUGCUGUGGAUUGGAGCCAUGGCUGGGCUGUUUGCCUGGAAAUAUGUUCAGUAUAAGAACAGGGCUGCAUAUGAUGUUAUGGGCGUCUGUGUUUGUUUGGCCAAAGGUGCUGCAGAAACACUGAAGCUCAACAUGGCCAUAAUCCUGUUACCAGUCUGCAGAAACACCAUCACCUGGCUCAGGAACAAGACCAAGUUAGGCGUCGCGGUCCCUUUUGAUGACAACCUUAAUUUUCACAAAGUGGUUGCGGUGGGUGUGGCGAUUGGGGUGGGAAUACACGCGAUAGCUCACUUGACGUGUGAUUUUCCCAGGCUGUUACACGCGAGCCCUAAGAAGUAUGCUCCAAUGGUGCAAUUUUUCGGGGAGCAACCCGAGAGCUAUUGGCAUUUUGUGAAGGGGUGGGAAGGGGUGACUGGGAUUAUAAUGGUGGUGUUGAUGGCCAUAGCUUUCACAUUAGCAAGUCCAUGGUUUAGAAGGGGCAGGGUUAGCUUGCCAAGACCCUUUAACAAGCUUACUGGUUUCAAUGCCUUCUGGUAUUCCCACCACCUCUUUGUUAUUGUCUAUACCCUCCUCAUCAUCCAUGGUAUCAAGCUCUAUUUGACCCACAAAUGGUACAAGAAAACGACAUGGAUGUACUUGGCUGUUCCCAUGGUAAUUUAUGCUUGUGAAAGACUGCUCAGAGCAUUCAGAUCUAGCAUUAAGCCUGUCAAGAUUCUUAAGGUGGCAGUCUAUCCUGGAAAUGUUUUGUCUCUUCAUAUGUCAAAGCCACAGGGGUUUAGAUACAGAAGUGGUCAAUACAUGUUUGUCAACUGUGCUGCAGUUUCUCCCUUUGAAUGGCAUCCUUUCUCAAUUACCUCUGCCCCCAGAGAUGACUAUGUCAGCGUUCACAUUAGAACCCUUGGUGAUUGGACCAGGCAACUCAAAACUGUUUUUUCUGAGGUUUGUCAGCCUCCACCUAAUGGCAGAAGUGGACUCUUGAGAGCUGAUUACCUGCAAGGAGAGAACAACCCAAAUUUCCCAAAGGUGUUGAUUGAUGGGCCAUACGGAGCACCAGCACAAGACUACAAGAAAUACGAGGUGGUCCUGCUGGUAGGGUUGGGGAUUGGAGCCACGCCCAUGAUCAGCAUCGUGAAGGACAUCGUGAACAACAUGAUGGCGGUGGAGGAAGAAGAGAGCGGCGUGGAGAGCGGCAACGGCGGAGUUUCCAACAACGGCGGCGCCACCAAGAACUUCAAGACCAAAAAGGCCUACUUCUAUUGGGUUACGAGGGAGCAAGGGUCAUUUGAUUGGUUCAAGGGGAUUAUGAACGAAGUUGCGGAGAUGGAUAAUAGGGGCGUUAUAGAGAUGCAUAAUUAUUGCACCAGCGUUUAUGAAGAGGGAGACGCUCGUUCUGCUCUUAUCACCAUGUUGCAGUCCCUCCACCACGCCAAGAACGGCGUCGACAUUGUUUCCGGCACCCGCGUUAAGUCCCAUUUCGCUAAGCCCAAUUGGCGUAACGUCUACAAACGCAUCGCUCUCAACCACACCGAUAGCAAAGUUGGGGUUUUCUAUUGUGGGGCACCAGCACUAACAACAGAGCUAAGACAACUAGCCUUGGAUUUUUCACGCAAGACAUCCACCAAAUUUGACUUCCACAAAGAAAACUUUUGACCUUAAUUGGGACACCAUUCAUCAUCAUCAUCACACAACCAAACAUUAUCCAAGACAACUUGGUCCAAAUACUAGAAUGCAUAUAUACAUGCAUCUACAACUGCUACUACUCCCUGUCUCUCUUUGUACAGAGAUUUUUGCUGAUUAAAUUGGUAUCUUGUCCGUAAUAAUACGUUAUUAAUUAAUAAGUUUGAAUCUAGCUAUACGAAUAUUUCAACAAUGGUUUGCCCAUCAUCAUGAGAGCAAAAAGCUGGUGGAAUCAAGGACCACCCACUACCAAGGUGAUGUUACAUUAUUAGAAUAUUAAAUAAUUAGUUAAAGUGUUCAAUAAGAUUAGAUCGUGAAGGUGUCACAGUGACGUCGGUUAGAGAUAGUUGUCAUUUUUUCAUUAUAGAGAAUUUUAGAAAUAUCCUCUUAAUUAUCUGCAGCUAAUUUAUCUGCAGACAUAUACAUACAUGUAUUGUGUUUGGCAUCUACCUGUACUGUGUGUAUAUAUAUAUCACCAGUUUUGUGUUUAGAUUCAGUUUCAUGAUCAAUGUAAUAUCAAUAUGUCUUCUCUGGUGCA